UUUCUCAGUUUCUGCAUACCCCCGUGAACCAAACACAGUGCUAAGAGAUGGUGAACCUCGUAGCAGCUCAGAAGCCCAUGUUGAAUUGGCUAAUGAAAAUGGCAGGAGUGGAACCUCACGCGGUGGACAUCGAGCCAGGCACAGUCAUGAACUUCUGGGUUCCAGUUGAGGCCGUUAAGAAACAGAAACCCAGGAAAGGUGAGAAAACCAUUAACACUCAAACCUCCUUGCAUUUGCAUAAACCAACCAAACCUGUAGUGGUUCUAGUCCAUGGCUUUGCUGCAGAGGGUAUAGUCACUUGGCAGUUCCAAGUUGGUGCCUUAACCAAAAAAUACUCGGUUUAUAUCCCUGACCUUCUCUUCUUCGGUGGCUCCAUCACCAAUAAAACCGACCGUUCACCAACUUUUCAAGCAGAAACAUUGGUGAAGGGUCUGAAGAAGUUGGGAGUGGACAAGUGUACAGCGGUGGGGUUUAGCUAUGGUGGUAUGGUGGCAUUUAAGAUGGCUGAGUUGUACCCUGAGUUGGUUCAAGCCAUGGUUGUGUCUGGCUCGAUCUUGGCCAUGACCGACUCAAUCAGCAAUGCUACAUUGAGUAGUCUUGGGUUCAAAUCUUCAUCAGAGCUUUUGUUGCCAACUUCUGUUAAGGGUCUUAAAGCUCUUCUUUCGGUUGCUACUUACAAGAAGCUUUGGUUCCCAAAUCGGCUUCACAAGGACUUCCUCGAGGUGAUGUUCGCCAACAGGGAAGAGAGAGCUGAACUCCUCGAGGGAUUAAUAAUCAGCAACAAAGACCCCACCAUCCCCAGAUUUUCUCAAAAGAUACAUCUCCUAUGGGGUGAGGAUGACCAAAUCUUCAAGCUCCAACUCGCACACAACAUGAAAGAGCAACUGGGAGAAAAUGCAACAUUUCAGGGAAUAAAGAAGGCAGGUCACCUGGUUCACCUAGAGCGACCAUGUGUCUACAAUCGUCGUCUUAAACAAUUCCUUGCUUCCCUGCAAGGCGUUGAAGUACAUAAUUGAAAACUCGGCCUUCAUCUUUCAACCUAUCCUUCUUGUAUUUGCAGUCUGCACCUUAUUAUGUUACUAUUUCAUUCAUAAUUUUUAUUACUUCCCAUCUCCGUGGGGAGAAACAAUACCAUUAAAUGUAUUGAAUACCUCUAUUUCUGUUUCUC